UCUGCACACAGAAAUUGUAACUAAAAGAUUAAAGAAAGGACAGAAAUAUGGAGACUGUAGAAGAUGUAGUGAUCGUUGGUGCUGGAAUAGCUGGGCUGGCCACCGCCAUAGCCUUGAAGAGAGUUGGGGUUCGAUCUUUGAUCUUAGAGAAAUCAGAAACGCUACGAUCCACUGGUGCAGCCUUGACCCUCACACCAAAUGCUUGGCUCGCUCUUGAUGCUCUUGGCGUUUCUCAUAAGCUUAAAUCCCUUUAUACUCCUUUCACAAGGGGCUCUAUAACCAAUGUGGCUACAGGAGCUGUUCAAGAGAUCAAAUUCAGUGUAAAAGCUCAAGGACUCAUAACAGUUCAUCGCAAAGCUCUAUUGGAGGCUCUAGCAGAAGAAUUGCCUGCUGAUUCAAUUCGAUUUUCUUCUAAGUUCACCUCUAUUGAACAGCAAAAAAUUGGUAAUGUUUCCAUUGCUGUGCUUCAUUUGGAAGAUGGUACUCCGAUCAAAUCUAAGGUUUUGAUAGGCUGUGAUGGGGUGCACUCGGUGGUGGCCAAGUGGCUAGGACUCUCUGCACCGGUUCAUUCUGGUCGAACAGCAGUCCGUGGAUUGGCAGUGCUUCCUCAAGGCCACGGGUUCAAUCAAGAAGUCACCCAGUUUGCGGAUGUUGGGAGAAGGGGUGGUUAUGUUCCUCUAACUGACAAAGAGAUAUACUGGUUUUUAGUUUGCCCUGAAGAAGAAAACAUGGCAAGGGACCCACAACUAAUACAGAAAGAAGUGAUUGACAAGUAUGCAUAUAAUUUUCCAUCACAAUACAUAGAAGUAGUACGUCAUGCAGAUCUCUCAAAUUUGACAUGGGCUCCAUUGAUGUUGAGACUUCCAUGGGAUGUCAUAUUUGGAAACCUAAGCAAAGGAAACGUAACAGUAGCUGGUGAUGCUAUGCACCCAAUGACACCUGAUAUAGCACAAGGUGGCUGUGCAGCUCUAGAAGAUGCAGUUGUAUUGGGCAGACACAUUGGAAAUUCUUUUAUCAAAAAUGGGGGACUGCUUGUUCCAGAGGAUAUGGCUAGAGCCUUAGAUGGGUACGUUAAAGAAAGGAGGUGGCGAGCUGCUACGCUCAUCACUGGGGCGUAUAUGUCAGGAUGGAUACAGCAAGGUGGUUUGCAAUGGUGGAAGAAAUUUUUUAAGUAUAUUUUCUAUGUAUUCAUCUUCCCCAUGCUCUCCAAUGUUGCUCGUUAUGACUGUGGGACACUGCCAAGCUUCUCUGCCUCUGCUGAGCUGCAACAUUCAUCUAAUAAAUCAGACUAGAUGUUUUUUUUCGAGGAAUUGUGAGUCUCGUUUGUAUUUGAGUUGGGUUAGUGUAAAAUCAAUUAGGUUUUUUUUUUCAAUUUUUUUUUAGUAAGUUAAAUAAAUGAGGUUAUGUGCCUAACUGCCUAUAGGUUUAGUUUACCAGUAAUAAAUUAAAUAAAUGAGGUUAUAUGCCUAUAGGUUUAGUUUGCCAGUAAUAAAUAUCUCCCAAUUUAUUCUGUUAAUGAAAUUAUUUUAAAAGACUAUGUAGAUACUAGUAAUAGAUGUUUUAUUUUUCUGGAAUCAAUAAAAUAACUAAAUUUUAACUUGUUUUA